AUGGCAAACUGCAUAGUAGUGGUACAAAUACACACACUCCCUUACGGUGUAUUUAUAAAACUGCCUGUUUCCUACAGGGUUUCACGGUGUCUACAACAUAACGGCUGCACAUACGGUGUUCAGUCCAGAGGUACGAUCAAUGCUUUUGUGAGUGGACUUGGUCUGAGGGUUCUUGGGGCGACUUGCAUGCACAUUGACGGGCGCCGAAUCUUUUCUGAAGCCAUCAAGCUUGUGAAGAACAAUUUGAUUGGGCCAACCUGA